GAUUGAAAGGACUAUUCAUUAGUAUCCUUGUUUUAAUAUGAUUAUAUGAUGAUUAUAUUGGAAACGAAAACAAUGUUGCUCUGCGCUUCGAGAUUGUAGAAUGGCUCUCCUCGGAUCAAACAUAGCAAGCGAGGUUGGACUCCGUUUACUCCUUUCUCCUCUUGGUUCCAACGUUGUUGUUCGAACCGCAUGCUGUUCUGUGGGAAUUGCUUUGCCGGUGUACUCUACGUUCAAGGCAAUUGAAAGUAAAAAUCAAGAUGAUCAACAAAGGUGUCUUGUCUACUGGGCUGCCUUUGGCUCAUUCAGCCUCGUUGAAGUAUUCACAGACAAGAUUAUUUCAUGGGUUCCCAUGUACUAUCACGUCAAGUUUGCAUUUCUUGUUUGGCUUCAACUUCCACCUACUAAUGGAGCAAAACAGAUAUACAGGAAUCACAUUCGGCCCUUCUUGUUAAAGCAUCAAGGAAGUGUUGAUCGCGUUUUAGGGCUUGCAUAUUGUGAAGUGAUCAAACUUGUCAGUUCAUAUCAAAAAGAGAUCAAGUCAGUCAAGACCAUCGUAGGAAAGAUAACCGAAUCAGCUGAUAAAAUGUUGAGAAGCCCCCCUACUGCAUCAGAUAGAUCAUCGCAACAUAGUUCAGUUGAUGAAUCUACGACGCCGCCAUCUGAUGCUGAGCCUGGCCAAAACGAUAGCUAAUCAACCAAAAGGGUUCGGUCUUCGGUGCAUUGAAACUCAUUAGUCGAUGUGCUGUCCCUAACAGUUCCUGUUAGACUUUAAAUAUUCUAUUAGUCUUCUUAAAUGUUGAAAUCCUUUUACUCUAGAAAAAAAACUUGAAGCUUUCUCUUGAUAGGAUAGUAGGUACAUUUUAUGAGGUUUGCUGCAUUUGCAAAGAUUGGAAGCUGUCUAUAUUUUUGUUGAUUCACUUUUAAUGAUUAGUUUAUAAUUUA